UCCCUUAAGGGCGGAGUGAGAGAGAGAGAGAGAGAGAGAGGUGUGUGUGAGAGGAAAGGGAGAGCAAAAGUAGUGGUUUCUGUUAGAAACACUUUUGCUGUUUUUGCUGUUUCUAGUUUUUUCUUCCCAUUGCGAACUGCUUUCAAAUUUUCUUCACUAUCUGUCAAAACUUCCUUUCUCAUUUUUUUUAGUUCCACUCGAUCAUACGUUUCUUUAUCUAAUCAAGCGAUGAAGAUGACUUUGUAACAGUUCUCCUACAGAAGCAUCUGUCAGAACAGAAAUGAGGGCAUGGCCAACAAGUGUGUUUUAUAUGCACCAAAAAACAACACAAAUGGGAUGAGCUGUUACACCUCUACUAAAACUACUGUCUCAUCAUCAUCAACAUCUUCAUCAUCAUCAUCAUCAUCAUCAUCAUCUUCUUCUUCUUCUUCUCCUUUUGGUGCUUUUAUGGGGAUGGUUCUUGCAGACAUGGGUUCUCUUUCCAUCACUCCUCCCAACUUGGGAUCAGCAUCAACAUCUGUGGCUUCUUCUUCACAAGAAAGCUUUCUCUGUAAGAGCUCUGAGAUGGAAAAUGAAAAAAGUACUUGGGGUUUUCCUUUUAUGGGUGAAGGGAAUGGCUGUGAUUGCAGUGAUGGGUUUGGAGAGAACAAUGAAGCAAUUGAUCUAAAUGCCAGCUUCAAUGAAGAGAAAAAAGCCAACAUAUAUGCAGGGAGUGGGAGUGCCAAGGAAACAGAUUUUGGGCAGUCAAAGUUGUGUGCCAGAGGACAUUGGAGGCCUGCAGAGGAUGCAAAACUCAAGGAACUUGUAGCUCUAUAUGGCCCUCAGAAUUGGAACCUUAUAGCGGAGAAGUUGGAAGGAAGAUCAGGUAAGAGUUGUAGGCUGAGAUGGUUCAACCAGUUGGACCCAAGGAUCAACAGAAAAGCUUUUAGUGAAGAGGAAGAAGAGAGACUAAUGGCUGCUCAUAGGCUGUAUGGAAACAAGUGGGCCAUGAUUGCUAGGCUUUUCCCAGGAAGAACUGACAAUGCAGUGAAGAACCAUUGGCAUGUUAUAAUGGCUAGAAAGUAUAGAGAACAGUCCAGUGCUUACAGGAGGAGAAAGAUGGCUCAAUCUGUUUACAAAAGAAUGGAGGAAGAUCCAAGUCUUGUCUACACAGCCACCAGAACAGAAACACCACCACCACCACCACCACCACCACUACCAUACUGUUUCAAUCUCUCCAAUGGAGGACUUCACCAUUCAUCCCCUUUCCCAUUUCCAAAAUUCAAUGGAGGAGGUGGUGAAGCAAUCUCUAGCAGUAAUGUCCCUAUUCAUCAUAGUGGGUUUUGUGCACAACAGACACCUGAUUUGCUCCCUGGUCACAAGAGCCAAAAAAGGGUGAUUUUCAACAGGCCUUGGGAUAGGUCAGGGGAUGAGCCAAACAUCUCAUACUUGAAUCAUCCCCACCAACACCAAGCUCCAUUGGUGACUGCAAUGCAACAGUCCCUCUACCACCACUACCCUCCUAGCUUCUAUUCAGAUUCUCCAAAACCACAAGCAUCAGUCACUGAACCUUCAUCAUCAGUGACAGAGGACAGACAUGCCAGCCAAUUUAAGGCCAUUGCACCAACAUUCAUAGACUUCCUUGGAGUAGGGGCCACAUAAAGUUAGAAGCCAAGAAAAGCUCUAAUGCCUUUCCAGAAUCAGCAGAGAGAAUCUCUCUCUAUAUGGGAUUGUUUUCCAAGAAAAAUCAGAACCCAUUUAGAUGCAAAAGAGAAAACAACAGUUGUUGUAAUUUCUGUUUGGGUAACAGUAAAAAAAAUCAACCAUAAAGCCUUUGGAAGUCAUUUCCCAUGUUGGGCCACCAUCUUUUUGUUGUUUACCAUUCCAAAAUGUGAAACAAAUAAAGUGAGUCCAUCACCUUUUCUACA